AUGCUGGCCGUCGUGCCGGCCGCUAUGCCGGCUACGACGGUGCUAAUGACGAACCGGAUGCUGGCGCUGGCGCAACCCCCAGGCUGGGGGGCACGGACCGAAGAGGAGGUUGAAGAUGAUUCGUCAUCUUCUGAUGAGAAUGCGGGCAGCUAUGAUGGUACGGGGUGGAGGCGUUACCUGGGGGUUGGUGGGGUGGGCAAUGAGAGGUGGAGGCACACCUCUGGGAGUGAAGUUGAGCACGUUGAGGAUUGGGAUGCUUCAGCUGCAUCCGAUGACUCUAAUGACUCCGGAGGUACCCUCCUACCUCUCUUUGCCCGCCUCGCCCCCAGAUCUCCGAGUCCGCAAGCACCCUCGGAGUCUGAUGAGGAACCCUCAGGCCCAGCGCCCUGUAUCAUCAUCACUCCCCCAGACCAGGAGGCUGCGCACGCCGGGGGACAGCCGUGGUGGAAUACCAGCCAGCUGUACCCCGGGUACCGGCGUGCCAGCCGUUGA